UGUAUUUACCCUCAUGUAGUUUCCGGUAAUCUGAAAUAGCUGUGGACAUGGCAGGGAUUAUUUAUGUAAACAUGCUCAAGGUUUACGCUGUUUUCCUCUUGGUUUACUGCUCAGUUCUUCACUGUCAGGGUUUCAGUGUCAUCGAGAGCAUCGUGAAUAAAUCUGUAACUUUACCGUGUCAGUGCUCUGAAAACACGUCCGAGGUUCAGUGGUGGAUUUUUCUCCCUGUAACUGCCGUCAUUAUCAAGUAUCAGAACGGUAAAUGGCAAACUAAAAAUGGUUUUCAAAACCGGUUCACAAUGCUGGGAGACACCAGUGGAGGAAACUUCUCCAUGACCAUCAGCACAACAGUCUACAACAAUGCCGGAUCCUACAGAUGCACCUGUGAUAAUAAAGCUAGUGAAGUCAAAUUAAACGUUUACGUCCCUUUGGUCAUCAACGCUCGGGUAGGUGAAAAUGUCUCUCUGCCCUGCUAUGGUGACACUCGACGGGAUGCCAAGGACGUUAAAUGGAAGAAAAAUGGACAGACUGUUCACCAGUACACUCAUCAAGACAAACCUGAGACCCCUGAGAAAGCACCAGAAGGCAGAUUCAUGCUGUCAAAGGAAGGCUUUCUGGAUGGUGAUCUUUCUUUAUACAUCACUUCUGUUGACCAGUCUGAUGCAGGCUUGUAUCUGUGCUUCAUCCAUGAUGAAUCCAGGAAUGGAGAACCAUCUGCUGUUCUUCUGCAUGUGCAUGAGGACCAACAAUCAGCAACCCCUGACUACUGCUGGUAUGGAGUUGCAGUGCUGGCUUUAGUUCUAGGAUUGGCAGCAGUGGGACUGAUUUCAUGUCUUAUUGCAAGAUUUAAAAGAUCUCAACCAGUGACGUCCAGGUCCCGUUGUCCUGUUCAAGAGGAAACUCAAAUGAUUAAGCCUUCUUCAACUCAGCCAAUCCUAAAUGGUUAAUCAUUUUUACACAUUUUUAAUGAAGUUUUAUACAAUGCCACAAACCACCUGUCUACACCUUUUACCUGUCUACAACUAUGCAAGUGAAAUCUCACUCUUAAAAUGUGCCCAGCAUUUUUAACCAUGUUUCAGUUAUUAGUAGCUUUAGAAAUUAUAAACCAAAUUCAGCCAAAGCAUGUUCUCAUAAUAUUGAGUGUUUUGCACUGUAAUAUAAGCAUUAGCUAUAGGUCUGCAUUAUACUAACAAUUUAAAUCUACACAGCACACAAAAUACAUGCUUCACUGUUAAGUUUUUUUAUUUAUUUAUAAUUUUAUUGUGAGUUAUGAAAACUGUAUGUAUGAAUUGUAUGUUUUGGGAUAUUUGUAGGAUCAUGCAUUGUAAAGGUGUUAUAGCACCAAUAAAUUCAGUCUGUGGCUCGUUUUCAAU